AGACUGGAGCCAAUCAUGUUGUCGGAGCUGAACUGCAGCUCCCAGUGCGACUCCCAGCUUUGCUUCAUCCACUCAGGAGUCAACAAGCAGGAGGGCCUGGACAUACUGCAGAGACUAUGCACUCUCAGCAUGAUGGCAGUGGAGCUACCGCGGAGAUCUCUAUCCCCAGUGUUGUGCGCGGUGGUCUGGACGCUGCUCUCCUGUGGCAUCCUGCUGGCAUUCUGCUUCCUCCUCUUCACCCUGCGCUUCAAAAACAACAGGAUCGUGAAGAUGUCCAGUCCCAACCUGAAUGUGCUGACUCUGCUUGGAAGUGUCCUCACCUACAGCAGCGGCUUUCUGUUCGCUAUUGAUGAGCAAAUGCACGCGCAAGGUGGAGCAUCGAGAGCGGCGCUACAAGCUCGGAUGUGGACUCUGUGUAUUGGCAGUACUCUGGUGUUUGGGCCUAUUUUGGGGAAGACAUGGAGACUCUACAGAGUGUUCACUCAGCGGGUGCCUGACAAGAGAGUGAUCAUCCGAGACAUCCAGCUGAUGGGCAUGGUGGCUCUGCUGAUCCUGGUCGACAUGCUGGUCCUCACCGCCUGGAACCUCACAGACCCCAUCAGGUGUGCACGGUCUGUGGGAGCUGUUGUCAAGGUGGUGGAGAAAGAUGUUUCCUACACUUUGUCUCAGAUGAACUCCUGCUCCUCCGUAUACUCAGAUCUGUGGGUUAUCAUUAUUGCCACCAUGAAAGGUUGUCUCCUGCUUUAUGGCACCUAUCUGGCUGGGCUGACCUCCAACGUCAGCCACCCUCCGGUCAACCAGUCGCCCACCAUCAUAACAGCGGUCAGCUUGGUCACCCUGUCCUCGGCUGUGGCUGUUCCUGUGUCUGUCUUCCUGCAGGCCUGGCCCAACCUGGUGUACAGCACGGUGGCCGGAGCCAUCUUCAUCUGCACACUGGCCACCAACUGCCUGCUGUUUGUACCUCAGCUGACCCAGUGGCGGCAGUUUGAAGAGGACCACAACAACCCCAGUCAGAUGGCCAAGUAUUUCAGCAGUCCCAGUAAGAGCCAGCCUUCUGUCUACAGCCAGGAUGAGAUCUACUACCUGCUGGGGGAGAACAACUCCAUGAAGAAGUUGCUCAAUGAGAAGAAUGCUGUGAUCGACAGUCUGCAGGAGCAGGUGAACAACGCCAAGGACAAACUCCUGCGCCUCAUGUCUGCCAGCCAGCCCCAUGACGAGCACGAGAUGGACUCCUCCUCCACCAACCUCAACUCCUCGUCCACGCAGACCACAGUGGUGCCGUCGGAGUGCCCCUCCUCUCCCCUACCUCAGAGAGAGACAGAAUCCCUCCUCUCAGCCUCUCACACGACUACAGCAACUGCUUCAUGUGACAUCCCACCUUUCUCUGAACCUCACCCUGCUCCUCUCUCCACAACCACCAUCACUGCUUCCACGCCUCUCCCAUGUGAUGUGUCUGUGGGUUUGACUCAGAGGAGCGUCUCCCAGGCAGGUCCCAUAGGGAAUAAAUCAGGGGAGUCCAGAACGGGUGAGGAUGUCAAGCAGCCUGUAUCCUCACCGUCCUCAGAUUUACCCAGGACAGGGACCAAAAUAGCAGGGGGUACCACACCCAUACCUCAGUCCAACUAUGCCACUUCCCCAUGUUCCCUUGGAGUCUUGAGCCCAUCUCAGGCAGACACGUCAGGCUAUAAUGGUGACCCGGGGUCGAGUGUCAUGCCGGUGGGGUUUGUCAGUAGCGAGCAGCUGCAGGAGAUUCUCCAAGAGUUGAGCGUGGAUGCAGCCAUGGAAACUGCCCUCCGCUCUCCCAGUCAGAGCCAGACACCCCGAAGACCCUCUCAACCCAACUUUGCUGAAUCCUUGGCCCUUUCCCCUCGCUCCCUGCAUACACCACGCUCCCCUCAUCCUCCUGUCCUCUUCCGCUACCCCAGCAUCUCGCCUUACGCAAUGAGGAAACGCCGGCCUCCCUUCCACUCCGCCAGAGGAGGCUUGUCUCCUCCCUGCUUCUACCCAGCCUUGGAGCUGCCCAUUUUGGGGAAGAGGAGUGACACUCACAGGCCUCAGAAUCCAAGCAAAAACACCUCUAAAACAUCGGAGGAGGUCACUUUGGACAGCACUCCUCUCCAUCUAGGGAACAGUGACUUGGAGGAGGAAGAGGAGGAGGAGGAGGAAGAAGAGGCGGGGGGUCAUCAAGCGAAGAGAAGAGGUAGGAGGUGUGUUUCGAGGCCCCACAGAUGCUCGAUCGCACGGUGCUCAGGACAUGGCCGCUUGGCUCCGACGGAUGUGGAGGCAGGUGAUGAGGACAGGCAGCUCCAUAGACAUGUUAGACAUGACUCCUUUGGGUACUGGGACUCAGACUCAAGCAGCUCGACAGACUACUGCUACUACCACCGCCCCUUCUGUGACUCCUGUCUGCAGCGGGGCUCGUUCGUGUCCUCAGACAGCUCCUCAGACUCCUCAGACAGCGAGUACGGAGGCUACAGCGGCCUUUACCGCUCGCCACACCCUGUGGUCUUCAAAGAGGACCUCAAACCCACCUUUGUUUGAACAGAGGCAGUGCAUUUCUAAAAGCCAAGUGCUCAAAUCAUAAAUUAACUCGUACAAGUUUGU